CGGGAACACUAACGUAGCCAUCAUCCACGGUAUCAUCUUCCAGCAGUCGAUUAAGUUGUUCCUGCGCCGAGAUAGCCACAUCUAGCUAGUUAGCAGCUUUCUAGGGCAAUGAUUGGGGGACUGGGCUCACCCUUGGACUCCACCUGCCACACCAAAUGCACACGGCGAACCUGGGACGUACAAGUAUUAUAACCAUAGAUCAUUUUCUUGACAUACGGAAUCACGGCCGCAAUCCCAACACCACUGGCGACGACGAGAGCACUUUCGCAAUGACUGACGUCCUCGCUAAUUCCGUGCGGGCCGGAGAAUAACGCCAAGAACGAAAUUGAACUGUCUGGAACUGCUUGGACAUGACGGAGGAGGUCUUUAGAAAGGCCUUGACGCGGCCACACCAAAAGCUCAAAGGUAUUCUGAUUACCCCGGGACCACGAGGUGACCGCAAAAGGAUGUGUCUGUGUCCAUGCGCCUAGACCGACCCCUGGGAUCCAGAGGUUGAUGUAUUGACCAGCGUCCACUUUGAGCGGCCGAGGCAAGCUCAAACGGACCCUGAUAGCGGACACGGUGCCAUCAUCACCGCCCUCCUUGGUAGCCCCUUGGUAUGCAUAUGACAAUAUCGCUCUUGGAGCACCGCGACCCGCAAGCAGGCCGUUUCGAUAGAGGAAAAAGAGCAGCGGUACAACGAGAUUCAGCCCAAGGAGUGCUAGGGCAACAGUGAGGUACACUCCGGGAAGACGAUCCCGAAUGGGGAGAUGGCGCCAAACGCCGUAGACAAAAAGCCCUACCAGAGCCUGAUGUCCCCGGAGGAAGACCUCGUAUGACCAACGGCGACACAAAGGAAGGGAAAGGAGAGUCAAAGCGCCUAAAGAUCCAGCACCCUGCCAAUGUUAGCAUGACCGUAACUCUCUGGUCCUCGAGACUUACAAUCGUAGUAUAGAGGUUUCGUGACUCGGAAAGCAGAAACUGGGGCCCCUUGGCCAGGCUCAUAACAAUGUGGACAGAGAUUAAGACAAUAACCAUCCAGCUGGUCGCGCGGUGGAUCUUUUGGCAGGUCUGUAAGUAAAUGCCGAGGAGAUCAGCCAAGGAGCUGAUGUGGAUCGUUGAUAGAGGGAAGAUCAAAUUGAUGAGAGCCAGGGUCCCUGCCCGACGGCUGAUAUCAGUCAUCGCCCCCGCCCGAAAAAAGACCAGGAAGAUAUUGAUCACAAUAUAUGUUAUAUAGAGGAAAACUUCGGCCCUUGUCCAAGGACCAAGGAAUCGGUGCUGAGCAACAAGCACAGGGAGAGUAAAAUGUCGUGAUACAGGAAUGGUGAAUAAAUGAGUCCUAUUGGAGAGAAACACCAGAAACCUGACUAGGAAAAAUAAGGCAAAUAUGCCGCCAGCAGCAAUCGCAUAAAAUAUCAAGGCAUCCAUCUUGGGCAAGCAAAGGAAAUGAAUAAAGAAGUAGAUGCGGUUCAAAGUGAGGGUCUUGGAAGGAGAACUUAUAGUGAUCCCAUAUAAGGCCUUACCGGGGAACGACCUCACUGCGGCGACAGCUCGCUGGGGAAUUCCAUCUCUUCGCACUGUGAAGGAUUCAAGGGCUCGUUGUGAAACCUACUUAAGGAGUCAUUAUCUCGCAUUUGGAGGAUCUGUCUCCACGAAAAUUAACAGCACUGGAGAUCACACGCCAUGGCCCGGAAAGCACCAUGGGCGAAAAAGCGCCGGUUAGAAACUGCUCAGGCAAAGUCUCACCAGCUCUACAAGAGGAGGAAGGGAAUAUUUAAAAAAGCUGCAGAAUUCAGCCUUGAAUGCGAGUCAGAUAUUUUUGUUGCCGUUCGGAUCCGGAAAACCGGUCAGAUAUAUAUCUUCGAUUCGUCCGCGCGGGCCGACUGGAUUAGCACGAUAUCAGACUUGGGGGGAUGUUUCCCCAAUCCAAUCCGGUUGACAGUGGGGGAUAUUUUCCCUGAUUGUGGCGGAUGUCCUUCACGUAGUCAAAUAGAGGACGAGCCAGGAAAGAGCACACUAUGAGGCAUAAUUGUGGGAUUCUUUUUCCUUUUUUAGAUCAUAAUCUCUAUUGAGAGACUGCCUUCAUACUGUAACACUGGCGGACCCCGGUUUUAGUCUCGACGUGAUCUAAUAUAGGGGUUGAUAUCUACAACUCGACAUAAUCUGACGCUGAUUGGUUUUCACAAAUAUGAUUCAACCUUAACACCAAUUGAACCUAUGGUUUAACCACCAAAGAAGGCUUUAGGUGGAAACUCUUGUCUUGUUACGUCAUUCUAAUCUCGUCGGGGAUCCCCAAGGAACCGCCAGGCACCAUUCAACUUCACCUAAUCAACUCUAUCGAGUGACUCACUGGCGGUUCGGAACUACAUUAAUCCGAGAGAAUCCGAAGCACGACACUCCCAUCUCCUUAUUGAGAGGAAAGCAUUGGAUCAGCAAGCUGAAAUUCAACCAUUGUAAAAGAACCGAGCUCUGGACCAGGCAUGGAAGAUGAAUAUCCUCUCCUUCGCUAUCUGUCUGGCGUUGAUUAGGUCCCAUCUACUUUAAUAUCUACAACUCAAGAUAUCCGAUGCUGGCAGCUUUUCACAAAUAUGGCUCGGCCCUCACGCGAAUUAAACCCAUGGUCUAACCACCAAAGAUUUUUGGCAACUCUUGUCUCGCUUCAUCCUUCCAGUCUCGCUGGGGAUCCGUAAUAAGUAGUCAGGCACCAAUCGAUUUCAACCAAUCAGCACUAUAAAGAGUGACCCAUAACGCGGUUCGGAAUUACGUUUAUCCAAUGGAGUCCCAAGCUCCCCGGCGAGAGGAAAGCGUUUGGUCACCCAAGUUGAAAUCAGGCCAUCGUAGAACAGAUGGAACUUCCCAUCCUAAAAUCAAUAUGAAAAGUGAACUGCUAAUGAAUAUUGAGCUUGCAAACCAGCACACUAACGAUACAAGAGGGAAAGUUCAUGACAAAACAGACCUCUGGGUUAGGUAGGAAAAGUCAUUUCCACUAGUUCGAAAGACUUUAAUGAAAUCGGGAAGGCGCCCAAACAUGAGGGUUUUCAUGGUUGGCUCCAACGAGCGAAACAGGCGAGUAGUCCCCGGGCGAACAUUUGAAAUAUAAGUGACAAGCGCAUCUACGCAUGCAGCCGAGAAUGUUUCAUUAUACCUAUAUUCCAGGAUUAGUGAGAGGGAGUGCUGAACAAGUAAAGACAUACAUCUUAUCCAACCAUUCGCCUCUGAGCAAUACCCCAGAACCUAGGCUCGCCACGACUUGCCAACACCACUGGCCCUUUCGAAUGAUAUAACCUAACUGUCUGCGAAGUUGUUCACCUUCUAACCCUCGGAAACCGUCAUCAGGGUAUGCCGCCUCGAUGAUGCAGUUAAGGACAUGGGUUGUGGACCUCUCGUGCGUGUUGGGAGGACGGGGACAAUAUUUCUUGGGGCGCUUGCAGAGCUCUUUGUAGUUGAAAUGGAACAGAAGAUAUGCAACAUUCUCCGCCACAGGAUCAAGAGUUUUGGCUUCCAGCUCUUUCACAUAGUUCCAUGCCGCCUGUAUGCCUACCCACUCCGUGGGAAGGCCAAGUGCAUGCCGGCCCUGCGACACAUUGUUAUGCCAUUGAUCUGAAAGAGAUCUUAAUGUCUGAAGAUUUGGGGGGAGAAAACAAGCUUCCGCUGUAAGGACUUUUCUAAUAGCUUCGUCAUUAAGCUCGGAGUUGUAACCCUUCAAUAGGGCUUUAGCAAUCGGAUCCAACUUUAUCCUUGCUCCGGCUUUCUUCCUUUGCCUUUGGAUAUUCCUACCAUUUACUCGCCUGUGAUCGGAGGUCCGCGGAAAAUCAGAGCGUGUAGGCAUUUUCUGCGGUCGGGGAGAGUCAAGGCCAUCGCUAGAGGGGGUAGGAUAGCAAGAGACUGCGUUAAUUUCCGUAGAGGAUGUCUCGAAACUCAUAACCCUCUCACUUUCAGCGACUUCAGGGGUAUUUUCAGUAUGCGUAGUAUUGUUCGGUAUCCCUAAUAUAUCUCGGUUUCCCGCUUCCGUCUCGGGUCCGUCUGAUAUAAGGAAGUCGUCGAAAUUUACCGGUGUUGGGUGCUCGUUGGCAGCGUUGGCAGAGUCGUUAGAACCGGUGAUAGGAGCGUCGAGAUCGAUGUUC